AUGCGGUUUCUGCUCCCCUUUGCCAUUGGGUUCGCCCCCCUGGUUUCCGCCCUUAGCAUCAACAAGCCGGGCGCCAACUCAACCUACGCUGCCGGAUCUACAGUAACGGUCAACUGGAGUACGGUGGACACGGAUCCCACCGAGAUCAGCCUCUACUUGUGGAACUUUGUUUCCUGGCCGCCCUCUUAUAUUUCUCUGGCUCAGAAUGUGCCCACCGCCGAUCAGUCCUACGCAGUGCAGAUCCCCUGCGACACCAACCCCGAAUGGGGCUAUCAAAUCAGCGCCAUCAACGGGACCAAUGUAUACAUCAUCUACGCGCAGGGUGACCAGUUUACGGUCUCCGAACCUGUGAAUGGCACCAGCUGUGCCGACUCUGUUCCCCCACCACCAGCUUCCACCUGCGGUCCCACCAGCGCGGUGUCGACCGUUUAUGUCACGGUGAGCCCUACUGGUUCCAGUUCUCGUCUGAUUCAUCAUUCCUCCCACGGCCUUCAUUCCAGCCACCACCUGCAUUCCACCCACGUCCUCCCUGCUCCCUCAUCCACUGUCACUGCCUCUUCAAAAUACGUGAAGCCCGGAAUUGUGCCUAAGACUAUUGGUUGGUGCUCAGACUACUCCCACCCUGUGACCUUGGACAAGUCCCCACGCCCACCCCCAGUCCCGGCUGGCACCAACGACGCUGGACUCUCUACACCUUCCGCAGUCGUCACUGCUGCGCCUAGUGAGGUGACUGGAGAAGCAAAGAUCGUGACAAUCACUACCACGGUGUCCGUACCUGCUGCUCCUGGAGACGAACAAUGCCUUUUUGUCUAA